AAACGUGCACGCGCAGCUGAAACCAAUCGCAUUCAUGUACGCAUGAAUCAGGAGACGUGUUCGACGCCGAGGUAUGUGCUCGACACGGUUGUCGAACUGAGGAUCAUUUGCUCUGAUUCUGUCCAUCUGCGACUUAUAGACCUGCACAAUGCACAGAGUUCAUGAAGGACGGAAUAUGAAUUAAAAUGUGUGCGCAGCAACAUGGAUCAUUUACACAAGACUACUCAGAGUGACAGACAUGUCGACUAACUGACCGGGUUCUUAUUUACUGGAAAAGACUGGAAAAUUACAAGAUUUAUUAAAAUACUUAAUCAUUCUGUUCAAUAGGUCGAAUUAUUUUUUUAGUACAGCCAGGCUGGUUACCCAUUACUAAAUGCUUAGUCCAAAACCUGAAUAGAUACCGACCACAAGAAAGUAUUUUUGCCCAAAUUACAAAUGUGUUAUUCAUUUCAAUAGUUUGCUUAAUGUCCUAAGGGGGUGCAGGAAAAACAUUCCAGUCAUAUCAAACAGUUUAUAGAGCCCAUCUUGUGGUUUAUUUUUUCCCUUUAGUAAUAAAAACUCAUAUACUAAUGGAGUCACUUCACAUCAAAAUAAAAUGUUAAAUGUUUGUAAUUUCUAAGUGAUAGUCACUUAAAGUUAGCCAAGCGGAUGAUUCGCUCUAAAUGCACUGUUAUACUAUAUAGAACUACAAACGUGGGGCAUGAACUGUGCAUGUAACUCACUUCUGGUUUCCACUGAUCACUAAUGUAGAAUAACAUAGAAGCAUUGAGGAUAAUGUAGUGUGCAAAAUGAAGAGCACUGAUUCCCAUGACGUUAUUGCAGUCACAUAAUGGCGAAACAACGUCAUUCCAAACAAACUCAAAACUCCUCAUCAAAUCUAAUCAAUCCCAUGAUUCUUUCCGGGUCACAUGGACGUGCUUUGUAACGUCAGAUCAUAUUGUUUUUUUGGAGGCAAAAUUUUGGAACCGAAUUACUCUGAAGUGAAUGAACAUGUUUUAGGUUUACGUUUCCUCUUCCUUACACUGUUUAUUGGUAACCCCCUGUAAGUGAUACAAUAAUUUAAAACAAGAUAAAAAGAAUGUAAUAUUUGUUGUUCUUUGAGCUGUUAUAAUAUUGUCUCCAUCCCAGUCUAUCCAAACACCGUGAGUUUGAAUGUAAUCUGCUCACAAAUAGAGCUGCUCUGUGAUGGGUGAUUAUGCACCAGGGAUGGAGGAGCUGCUGUCCAUUUGCCUUCAAAGAAUCUCCAUUGAAGAAACUUGUCUGACCACUGAAACUGAAUUCAUGGAGGUUUUAAAGAAUCUAGAGCAGGUGAGGAAGCGCUGGUUACAUGCUGAAACUGAGCUGAAGGAGUACAAGGAGCUCCUGGUGAAGUCGGACGUGGCCAAGGCCGCCCUGGAGGUCAAACUCAAACAUGCCCGCAAUCAGCUGGACGUGGAGAUGAAGAGGCGCUACAAGAUGGAGGCCGAUUAUAAAUAUCUGCAGCGACAGAUGCAGCUGAUGUGUGACAUUCUGGUCCAUGACAGCAAGUCCAGCGCAUGUCUGAACGACGAGCAGAAGUCGCUCAUCGCCACGUUUGAACAUCGAGGGGCAAAUGUAACCUUACCACGGAACAAUAAGCGAUUAUCUGCGAUUGACGAGUCUUCUUUCUUGUCACACUCUGACAUUAGCUACGAUCGCACGGACGACGACAUGGAUCUCGACCAGACGGUGAUGAAACCGCUCAAGUCGAGAGCCAGAGAGAAGAGGCGUUCCUCGAUGGGAGUGGCUGUUGGCACGAUGGCUGGAAAACGAGGACGUGUACGAACUUUCUCUCCUGAUCUGUUGAACAGGAAGACUUUGGACAAGGAGAUUGAGACCAUUGUAAAGACGACAGUCGUGACGCCUGACACCGGGCAACAGAUCCACAUGGUUGUUGGUGUCACUCAGGAGACCCCUGAACCCAGUGUGAUUGAGGAGCGUCCACCUUCUGUUGGCAGAGAAGAGCAAACAUCUGUUUGGUCUCCUGGUGGUGAAGCCAUAGUCGAAAUAGAAGUAGAAAAGCCUCCAGAGACACUCCAAACCGAAAAGAACUCCCAAACUGCAAAACACGUUUUCUUCUCUAAAACGGUCAUUUGGCCGGAGACCUGCUCGCCGUGCGGGAAAAGAAUUCGUUUUGGCAAGAUGGUGGUGAAGUGUAGGAACUGCCGAGUAGUCACUCAUCCAGAAUGCACGCACAAGUGUGGCAGCUGUUCCAAUGGAGGCGGUUCUGCUCAGUCUGUUACACUGGAAGGUUUCCCCCUGCUGGAUCAUCCUAGGGUUCCUCUAUUGGUCAUCGAAUGUGUGAGGGAGAUUGAGAGGCGUGGCCUCACAGAGAGGGGACUGUACCGAGUCCCUGGUGGUGAGCAGCAGGUGAGAGAGUUACGUGGACAAUUUUUGCGUGGAAAGAUGCCAAUGCAGCUGAAUAAAGUGGUGGAUAUCCAUGCGAUCUGUGGAGUACUCAAAGAUUUUCUAAGGAGACUGACGGAGCCCCUUGUGACCUUUAGGCUCCAUCGCACCUUCAUGGAAGCUUCUGAAAUGGAGGAACUCAGUGGUAUUCCGGCGACCAAACAGGCUAUUGCAGAGCUGCCACGGGUGAACCGAGACACACUUGCAUUUCUGAUGAUUCACUUCCACAGGGUCAUGGCCAGUCCUCAGUGUCAGAUGGACCAGAAGAAUCUGUCACGCGUGUUCGGACCAACCCUGGUGGGUCAUGGCCAUCCUGAACCGUCAUCUUCCACCAUCAUGAAAGACACAAAAACCCAACCAAAGGUAGUUUCUCGUCUGCUGUCACUCACAGACGACUACUGGAGCAGCGUUCUUGAAUCGAAUGACCCACAAGUGCCCAACCCAGCUGUCAGGACAAACCAGGAGGUCAAACAAGCUCGUUUCUUCAAACCUCUGACAUCUCCUGAGUUAAACGCCUACCGGAACCCGGCCAGCAGAGGCUCCAUGAGGGGUCGAGUCAGCACCAGACCCAUCGGGCGAACAGAGGCAUCAACUGAACCAGGACGAAGAUUCUUCCCCUCGCCCAGUUGAAUUUCAAUCUGCAACUUCAGCACAUUCACGUUCUUUUGGGAUCUUUUGGUGGAAGCACAAGACAGUUGUUUGUAAUGGGGAAAAAUAAAUUAUUGCUCUUGGUUCCGCUUGUGUUUUUGUGCCUGUGUUGUCUG